GGGACAAUGGAACUCGAGUGCAGGGUGAAUGCUCGUAGCCAACUGAGCAACAAGCCCCCAGCAAGUCUCGAGUCUCAUGACUUCUGAUUCUUCAACUUGCUUGUGUUGAUCUUGCACGCAGUUAUACUCUAUUUUUCUUGGUUUUUUUUUCUGUAUGAUAUUGGAUUGUGGACGUUACCCUUUAUAUUGAGAAAACCCUAAUCUCAACAAGCCCCCAGCAAGUCUCGAGUCUUAUGAUUUCUGAUUCUUCAACUUGCUUGUGUUGAUCUUGCACGCAGUUAUACUCUAUUUUUCUUGGUUUUUUUUCCGUAUGAUAUUGGAUUGUGGACGUUACCCUUUUAUAUUGAGAAAACCCUAAUCUCAAAAAGAUGGGUUUUGACUCGCAUAAUGAUCAACUUUUGCUUAUUUGUGUUCAGUGAAUUUCGAUUAAUUAAAAUAUGGGUUGCGAUUCUUUGAUGAUUGUAGAGACUCUACUAAUAUUAGAUAGAUGCCCCUUCAAUUUUGUAUGAGAGGUAAAGAAACCUAAUUAGCUAGUUUGGGCUUCUGUCCUUGCCAUUAUCUUUUAUUAAGAUUUUGUCUCGUUAGGGGACUGUACGAAGCAAUUCUCGUGUGAUGUAUGAUUCCAGUUUUAUGUGACAGGCUGCUCGAAUUGUACUUUAAUUAUCUAAUCUAACGAUGUUCCAAAAAAAAUAGAUAGAUGGUUUUUGUAUGGUUGGUUAUGUGCCAUGAUGUGAUCUGUUUCAUGUCCAAGUGUUUGGUGAAGUUCCUGAUUUCAUAUUUUGAGAAUGUAGAAUUGAGUUGGCCACUGCAUUCUUAUAGAGAAUAUUCCAAGUCAAUGCUUUCACUUUCAAAUUUUCAUGAUUAACUGUUAUCUCAGCAUGUAUACGAUGAUGAUGGUGACUUUGUAGGUGUCUCUUUGGUUUUGAAUAUCUAGAAAAAGAAGACCUGGAACUCGAAAGAUAGCUAAUCUGUAGCUAUGGCAGACAGUGAUCUUUACACAAACGAUGGGACCGUGGACAUCCAUAAAAAACCGGCUAACAAGAAGAAGACUGGAAAUUGGAAGGCAUGCCGCUUUAUUCUCGGUAAUGAAUGCUGUGAAAGAUUGGCAUACUACGGAAUGGGUACCAAUCUAGUGAACUAUCUCGAGAAACGUCUCGGCAUGGGAACUGCCAAGGCAGCGACCAGCGUCUCUAAUUGGUCAGGGACGUGCUACGCGACACCAUUGAUAGGAGCCUUCCUGGCUGAUGCAUACUUGGGAAGAUAUUGGACAAUUGCCAUCUUUUCAAUCGUUUAUGUUCUUGGUAUGACUCUCUUGACCCUCACUGCAUCUAUCAAUGGAUUAAAACCACAUUGCGAUAGCUCUGGUUGCAACGCAACAGCAUCCCAAAGAGCGGCCUGCUUUGUAGCGCUGUACUUGAUUGCAAUAGGUACUGGUGGAAUCAAGCCAUGCGUUUCAUCCUUCGGCGCAGAUCAAUUUGAUGAAACUGACGAAACUGAGAGGAAGAAGAAGAGCUCCUUCUUCAACUGGUUUUACAUGUCAAUCAAUGUCGGUGCGCUUAUUGCUUCCACGGUUUUGGUCUGGAUGCAAAUGAAUGUAGGAUGGAAUUGGGGGUUCGGAGUCCCAGCAGUUGCAAUGGCGAUUGCGGUUGUGUUCUUUUUCUCGGGAAGCAAGUUAUAUCGUCUUCAGAAACCGGGCGGGAGUCCCCUCACAAGGAUUGCUCAGGUGGUUGUUGCAUCCAUCAGGAAAUGCAAAGUGAAAAUUCCUGCUAACAAGUCUCUUCUCUAUGAGACUGCAGAUGAGGAGUGCAACAUCCAAGGAAGUCGGAAGCUUGAGCACACCAACAAAUUAGGGUUCUUUGACAAGGCAGCUGUGGAGUCAGAGACAGACCGUGCAAAGGAACUGCCAAGCCCAUGGAGCCUCUGUACAGUGACACAAGUAGAGGAGCUAAAAUCCGUCAUCAGACUACUCCCAAUCUGGGCGUCCGGUAUCGUCUUCGCCACCGUCUACGGCCAAAUGAGCACAAUGUUUGUCCUCCAAGGCAACACCCUAGACCAACACAUGGGCCCAAACUUCAAGAUCCCAUCAGCCUCCCUCUCCGUCUUUGACACGGCCAGCGUCCUCUUCUGGGCACCGAUCUACGACAAGCUCCUCGUCCCCCUCGCCAGGCGCUUCACGGGCCACGAACGAGGGUUCACGACGCUGCAACGGAUGGGAAUCGGCCUAGCACUGUCCAUUUUUUCCAUGGUUGUUGCUGGGAUUUUGGAGGUUGUUAGGCUUGGCACUGUAAGAAAAAAUAAUUACUACGACCUAGAGUACAUUCCCAUGUCAAUUUUCUGGCAGGUCCCGCAGUAUUUCAUCAUUGGGUGUGCUGAGGUUUUCACCUUCAUUGGGCAGAUGGAGUUUUUUUACGACCAAGCGCCGGAUGCCAUGAGAAGCUUGUGCUCUGCACUGUCACUUACCACUGUUGCACUGGGGAAUUACCUCAGCACUCUGCUAGUUACUGUGGUAACUAAAGUUACCAAGAAGAAUGGGAAUCUUGGGUGGAUUCCGGAUAACCUUAACAGGGGACACCUGGACUAUUUUUAUUGGCUGUUGGCUGUUCUGAGCGUUAUUAAUUUCUUGGUGUACCUCUGGAUUGCUAAGUGGUUUACGUACAAGAAGGCGACUGGGCGUGCUCAAUGAUACGCAGGGUGGUGGACUGGCACUUGUGAAUCUCUACUUGGUCUGCCAUUUUAGUUUUUUUUUUUUUUUUUUUUUUGUCUGAUUUUAUUGUUUGGUGUUUGAAAAUUUUUGUUGGGAGGAUUUGCGUGUUGAUUUCAAGAUUGAUUUAAUGUAUGCUUGUUAGUGUUUUCGUAGUAGUUAUUUUUUCACUUCGUGGCAAUUAAUCAUUCGUAGAUUGAAAUAAUUGGUCGAAUCCUGCAUUUUUAUUAAUGACUCGUUCAUUUAUUGAUGAAAUUGAAACGAGAGAUGAUAGAUCGAAUUCUGCAUUUUUUUAGGCAUACUAACUUACUUCGGAUGAGAAAAGUCAUGAAUUGAGAGAGUAGAAAAUAGAUCUACAACUGAGAUCAGAUACUUCGUAAAAGCAACAUAUAUAAUUCUUCCUUUCCAAGUAUUGCAUUGCCGAUCGUAGUGUGAGAACUACAUAUUUCGUGAUUUUGUAUGUUUCAGUAAACACAUAAGAGGUCAGGAAUCUAAAGAAUUCUAAUACCUUUGUGUGAGUAAAGUAGUAAACACGGAAGAAGUCAGAAAUGAUUUUAAUUCUGAUACCCCUUGUGUUAGUAAACAUAGAAAGGUUUCAUCAUAUACUGAUUCUAAUACUCAUUCCAAGUAAG